AGGUUGGGGCUGCCUGCUACUCCCCACUCCUGACUCUGGGUGGGGACAGAAGGCAGAGGGAGGCUCCUGGCACCUGGGGCACAGGAAUCUCAGGCAUGUGGUCCUGAGCCUAAGUUUCCAAAAGCCAGACCCUCCUCCCCAGGGCGGAGAGACUGGGAGGGGCCCCAAUCCAGGCUCCGGGAUGGCCUGGCUGGCAUCUGGGGUUCCAGUGGCCCCUCUCCCUCGGCCCUGGCAGUGGGGCUGGGCACUGGCCUGCCUCCCACCAGAGUCCCCCCAGCUCCUCCCUGCUGUGGGCUGGACUGGGAGGAAGGGGGUGGGGUGCACUUACAUUUGCAGGUCUUUCCAGCCCCUGGGGCAGCCUGAUUAACCAGCUUCUCCAGGGCCAAGCUGUUGGGGGUGGGGUGCAGCCCAAGGCAGCCAGACCAGCCUGAGCCUCCCGGGUGCUGGCGGCUGUCAUGGGGCUACCCUGGGGGCAGCCUCACCUAGGGCUGCAGAUGCUCCUCCUGGCGUUGAACUGUCUCCGGCCCAGCCUGAACCUGGGUGAGUGAGGGUCCUGGAUGGACGCAUCCAGCCAGACCCAAGGGGCUGGGGGCCCUGCUGGAGUGAUUGGACCCUGGGCGCCCACCCCCCUCCGAUUGGGAGAGGCAGCCCCAGGGACCCCCACACCCGUCUCCGUGGCUCACCUUUUGUCCCCCAUGGCCACAGAGCUGGUGCCCUACACGCCGCAGAUAACAGCCUGGGACCUGGAAGGGAAGGUCACAGCCACCACCUUCUCCCUGGAGCAACCGCGCUGUGUCUUCGAUGGGCAUGCCAGCGCCAGUGACACCGUCUGGCUCGUGGUGGCCUUCAGCAAUGGUGCGGGGACAGCUUGGGACCUGGCCUCCAGGGGCUUCCAGAACCCAGAGACACUGGCUGACAUCCCGGCCUCCCCACAGCUGCUGACCGAUGGCCACUACAUGACGCUGCCCCUGUCUCUGGACCGGCUACCCUGUGACGACCCCAUGGCGGGCAGCGGUGGCGCCCCUGUGCUGCGGGUGGGCCAUGACCACAGCUGCCACCAGCAGCCCUUCUGCAAUGUGCCCCUCCCUGGCCCUGGACCCUAUCGGGUGAAGUUCCUCCUGAUGAAUGCCAGGGGCUCACCCACGGCCGAGACCAGGUGGUCAGACCCCAUCACUCUCCACCAAGGGAAGAACCACGGAUCCAUCGACACCUGGCCAGGGCGGCGAAGUGGCAGCAUGAUCGUCAUUACCUCCAUCCUCUCUUCUCUGGCCGGCCUCCUACUCUUGGCCUUCUUGGCAGCCUCUACCGUGCACUUCUCCAGCCUGUGGUGGCCGGAGGAGGCCCCGGAGCAGCUGCGGAUUGGCUCCUUCAUGGGCAAGCGCUACAUGACCCACCACAUCCCACCCAGCGAGGCCACCACACUACCAGUGGGCUGCGAGCCUGGCCUGGACCCCCUCCCCAGCCUCAGCCCCUAGCCUGGCCUCUUUGCGUGGGGCUGGGGGAGAUGGGGCGCCGGGAGCGAGUGCAUGGUGCUUUGUCCCAGCUCCUGCACCCACAGGCCCCCUCAGGGCUCCUUGCCUUUCCCCCCCACCAGCACACCCCCUACCCUGCCUGGAAUCCCAGCACCAGCCUCUGCCUUUCCGGUUUCUCUCCCCCUCCAAGCAUCUGUAAGUUGCACUCAAGAGGGUGUAGGGGAGGGCCAUGGGCAGGCUGGAUACCCAGUCCCCACCUCCAUCCCCACCUCUGUCUCACCUGACCUCCUGCGAGGGAGGCUGGAGACCAUGUGGACAGGCCGCCCUGACCGCGCAAGCUUCCAGACCCCAGGAGGAGGCCUGCAGAGGACUGUGCUUUGCCUGAUGCAGGGAGCUGAGCCCAUCCUGGGGCCUAUGAGACCUGAGCCACCCUCCGUCCCCCGUCCCACACAUCAGUGGCUGGGCGGGGUGAGGGUUCAGAGGUGUCUCUACUGCCCCUGGGCACAGCACCUUUCUGAGAGUGGGACUCUCCAUGGUCAUCUGACUACCAAUUCUGGCCACCACCUCCAACCCUCUUGUGCAUAUGGAUGGCUCUAGCCCUUAUCCACCCCCUCAAGCAUUUAUUAAGCACCUGCUGUAUGCCACAUACAGUGUUAGACUUGGGGCUUCAGGCACAGCCGGUCCUGACCUUGGGGAGCUGCCUUCUCUAGACCUGAGACGACCACGUGUCCAGAUGUGACCUGUAGCUUCGGGGGUCUGUCACGCCCUUAGACCGUCACCCCAGUAGGCUCUCCAGGACCCAGGAGCCUCCAUCACCUGGAAGGACCGUCUGUGCAGAACCUCAAGCGUCCAUCUGUGCACAAGGCCGGUGGUUCCCGUCGUCGCCACUCGGGGUCGCCGGUGAGCCGCAGCCAGGCCGCCUCACGGCCGGUGCGCAUGCGCUCUCCUAUUCGCUACCCCUUCUACCUCGGAGGCGGUAGCAGAUGCCACGUUGGCGGGGUCGGUGGAGGUCGGGACUCUAGGCCUCCCUCCGCCAAGCCAGAGGGUUGAGCAAUCACGCCUGAGAGCCCAGUGCGUGCCAUGCAGUCCGCACAGCCGCAGCGAUUUUCUAGAUAGAGAAACUGAGGCUCAGUGACUUGCCCGCUGCACUCUGUCCACGGCCGCUGCACACGCCCCCCUUGGGCUGCGCUCCCGGACCCUCUAAUGUGACCGCGGCUCCCAGCAUGCAGGCCCUGCCAGCGGAGGGAGCCCGGUGGUGACCCUUGGUCUGCAGCCCUCUUUGGAGGUGAAUAAAUGCGUUCUGGAGCCC